AUGCCGGGCAACACACUGAGGACGACAGAAACUUUGAUAGAGCGGCCAAACGGUAGACAGCCCAGCACGGUUUCAGCUUUACAAGCUGCCAUUGCCUUGUCGAAGACUGAAUUUCAGGAGCUCACCCAAGCGACACGCACAGUCGUCCAGCGGCGCCUUGAUAUAGCCCACAGAUUUUCUGAGCAAGAUCCGAAGUCUAUAGAUCGAGUUCAGCGGGAAAUUCUGAGGGUAUGCCCCUUUAUCAAGAGAUACCGGGACUAUUGGCCGGUCAAGAGUUACAUUGCCAUAUAUUUGAGUGGAUGCAUGUGUGAUCCCAAGGUUAACGCUCGGCGCAAGGCAGAGAUUCUCCGGCUGGCGGGCGGUUCUCAAAUAGAGCCAAGUGAGAGCAAGCACUCCCGCUUAUCAAGAAAUGAGAUGCCCCAAGUGCCCAGUACUCCUUGUAGGCCUCGACGCCAAUUCAUAGGCCAGAUGCCGAGAGGGAGGAGAUUCCCCUCCGGCAGUCCCAUGAGCAACUCUCGAAGUCUUGCAAUCACAGACAAUGCUAGAACUCGUACUGAUGAACGAGCUACUAGUGAUUUUCAAGUUAGGAUGGAUGAGUUAAUGCACAUUGAUGAUGUAACCCGGCCCAUCUGGGACUUUCUCCAGUCACUGGCAAUCCCUGCACCUCAUCUCUUCACAAUCCUGCUGGCUGAUGGUAUCACCAGUAUCCGAAUCCUUCGUGCAACUUCAAAGAUGUCCGCGUGUCGUGGGUGGGUGGAGUCGCUUGUGACCACUGGCAGAGCGACCAUGCUUGAAGCCGAGAGCCUCUGGGAUGGGCUCACAGAGCUGGCUAAGGUGCAGAUCCCUGCCCGAAAGUAA